AGACGCCGCCGCCGCCGCCGCCGCCGCCGCCUCGUCUCCCUUCUGCGCCCCGUGGGAAGCCGCGGCCCCCCUCAGCCACCAGCUUGCUUGCAGUGCCGAUCUGCCAAUGAAGGAAUGCAGUAUUCUUUUCAACAACGCACAGUGUGCUGCUCUGGUUGGCGAAGACCAGCCUCUUUGCCCGGAUCUCCCCGAACUUGACCUCUCUGAAUUAGACGUGAACGACCUGGAUGCAGACAGCUUCCUCGGCGGGCUCAAGUGGUACAGCGACCAAUCAGAGAUAAUUUCCAACCAAUACGCCAACGAGUCAUCAAAUAUUUUUGAGAAGAUAGAUGAGGAGAAUGAAGCAAACUUGCUAGCAGUUCUCACGGAGACGUUGGACAAUAUCCCCGUAGACGAGGAUGGAUUGCCUUCAUUUGAUGCGCUGACAGAUGGCGAUGUGACCCACGAAAACGAUGCUAGCUCUUCGCCAAUGCCCCACAACACCCCUCCGCUUCAGGAUGCCGAAGAACCGUCUCUACUUAAGAAGCUCUUGUUGGCUCCAGCGAACACCCAGCUAAAUUACAAUGAAUGCAGCGGCCUCAGCACACACAACCACGGCAACACCAACCACAGGAUCAGAGCAAACCCCAUGGCGGUUAAGACCGAGAAUUCAUGGAGCAAUAAAGCGAAGAGCAUUUGUCAACCGCAAAAGCCACAGAGACGUCCUUGCUCGGAGCUUCUAAAGUAUCUGACUACAAACGAUGACCCUCCACAGACCAAACCCACAGAGAACAAAAACAGCAACAGAGACAGAUGCACCUCUAAAAAGAAGAGCCUUUUGCAGUCUCAGACGCAUCAUUUGCAAGCCAAACAAAUGAGUUUAUCGCUUCCUUUGACGCCCGAGUCACCAAAUGAUCCCAAGGGUUCCCCAUUUGAGAACAAGACUAUUGAACAAACUUUAAGUGUGGAACUCUCUGGAACUGCAGGCCUAACUCCACCAACGACCCCUCCUCACAAAGCCAACCAAGACAACCCUUUUCGGACUUCACCAAAGCCAAAGUCAGCGUGCAAGACUGUUGUGCCAUCUUCCAAAAAACCCCGCUGUAGUGAGUCUUCCAGCUCUCAAGGACAUAACUUGCUUCGGAAGGGUCCGGUGCAGUCAGAGCUAUAUGCACAACUCAGCAAGACGACGGUCCUGUCCGUCGGCCAUGAGGAGAGGAAGACGAAGCGGCCCGGUUUGCGGCUGUUUGGUGACCAUGACUACUGUCAAUCCGUUAACUCGAAAACAAAAGUACGUAUCGGCCUCUCCCAGGAACUUCAGGAUUCUGGACUAGUAGCGUUAAACGGCUGCUUGCCGGGGCGGCAAUGCCACAUUUGUUCUCCCUUUGACCCACUCAACCAGUAUGGCAAGAGAGAGCCGUCACAGGUGAGCAAAUGGGAUUUGCAGCAGAACAACCGGAAACAGCUCCAAGACCAGGAAAUCCGAGCCGAACUCAAUAAGCACUUUGGCCACCCGAGCCAAGCUGUUUUUGAGGAAGAGCCGACGAAGAGCAGCGAGCCGAGGGACAUCGAUUGUAGCAACGAACAAUUCUCCAGACUACCUAUGUUUAUCCAUUCGGGGCUGCUAAUGGAUGGCCUUUUUGAUGACAGUGAAGAAGAAAGUGACAAACUGUGCUGCGCGUGGGAUGGGACGCAAACCUACUCCUUGUUUGACCUGUCGCCCUCUUGCUCCUCCCUUAACUCUCCGUGCAGAGAUUUGGUGUCUCCGCCCAAGUCCUUGCUUUCUCAACGAUUCCAAAGGAUACAGUCUCGAUCAAGGUCCUUUUCUCAGUGCAGGUCUUGCUCCCGCUCUCCAUAUUCCCGAUCGAGAUCAAGGUCACCGUGCAGUAGAUCCUCUUCAAGAUCUCCGUAUUAUCAUGAGUCUGGUCACUGUAGACCCCGGGCAUAUAGAAGUUCUCCCUUGUAUUCAAGAUCACGAUCCAGAUCACCAUAUAGCCGUAGACCCCGAUAUGACAGCUAUGAGGAAUAUCAGCAUGAAAGGCUGAAGAGGGAAGAAUACCGCAAAGAGUAUGAAAAACGGGAAUCGGAAAGGGCCAAACAAAGGGAGCGGCAGAGGCAGAAAGCGAUUGAAGAACAGCGCGUAAUUUAUGUUGGGAAAAUUGGACCUGACAUCACCCGAGCAGAACUGAGGGACCGGUUUGAAGUUUUUGGCGAAAUUGAGGAGUGCACAGUGAAUCUUCAGGAUAAUGGGGACAGCUAUGGUUUCAUCACUUACCGCUACACCUGCGAUGCUUUUGCUGCCUUGGAAAACGGAUAUACCUUGCGCAGGUCCAGCGAGCCUGGCUUAGAGUUGUAUUUUUGCGGACACAAGCAAUUUUGCAAGUCUAACUAUGCAGACCUAGAUUCCAACUCGGAUGAUUUUGAUCCUGCUUCCACCAAGAGCAAGUACGACUCUAUGGAUUUUGACAGCUUGUUUAAAGAGGCGCAACGCAGCUUGCGAAGGUAACGUGCGUUCUGGCCAAGGAAAACGGAGGGAUGGCGAAUACCUCAUGGACACCACGUCCUUCAAUAACGGACAGUGAAGAAAGUCACGCUUACAAGUUUCUCCUGCUUUACACUCUCUGUAUUGAAAACAUGGUUUACAUGGACACAGCUGCUUAAGGAACGAAAAAGCUGAAUUAGUCUCAUUUGUGCACGGGUGUACCCCGAGGUCUCAGGGCAAAGAAGAUGAGGGUUUUGAUCUUCGUAGAGAGUGUCAAGUAAAAACCACUUGAAACGGCAGCAGUUCCAUAGAGAUACUUUUUAAAAAAACGAAGAGAACUUUGAAAUGUGUACAUAGGACAUUUUCAAAACAAAGCAAAUUCAGAACUUCAGCUGCUAACGUCCAAGGGAGAUGUGUGUGGGUUCUUUAUUUUUAAACGAGCGUCUCACUACGUGUUCGAAUGACGACAAUCGGGAAGAAUUCUACAGUUCCUGCAAAAGUCACCAUCUCUUUCCAUUGUGCUUUUCUUGUGUAAUCAUAUAUAUACACAUAUACACACACACACAUAUUUAUAUUUAUAUAUGUAAACAUAAUGUAUAUGUGUGUGUUUGUAUAUAUGUGUGUGUGUAUAUAUUUAUAUAUAUGGAAGGACGAAAAACUUCUGUGGCAUUUAAGAAGUUUUGCCUUUUUAAUUGCGACACCCAUGUCCGUGUCCAAAAUGUUUAUCUUGCGUGGAGAAAUUUCCGGACACUCGCCAUUAACCGUGAACCUUGUCCGCUGGAUAAGCUGCCAUGAUCCGCUACAAGCGAGCUGAGGGGAUCACUUGGGUGUGUGGGUCAGGGUGGGAUGUACAGCCAGAUUAUUCGCUGCGUUCGAGAAUGCAGCCGAAUAUUUGCAGAUGUUAAAUGGAGUAUUUUUUAUUUUGUGUACAUAUGGUAUGAUGAGACGAUGCUCUCUCUUUUUUUGGUUACAGCUAUGCACUGUAAAUGCAGCCUUCUUUUAAAAAAACAAAACACAAAAACACAAAAAACUGCUGAAACUUUUCUUAAUCAAGAAUAUUCAAAUGUAAUUAUACAAAGCGAAAUGAUAUUGUACACUAACCUAUUUAGAAAGCUGAAGUUAUGCUUAUAUAUAUUUGAUUGUAAAAAACAAACAAGAGAAGUGUGCGAGUCAAUGUGCGUGGAUGUGUUGAGUGGAAAAUUAUUGGCAUCCUCCAUCCCUCCUUUAAUGGGCUGAUCUAAUAAUGUUAGCCAAGACUCGGCUGAAGUCAAGCACUUUGAGGCCCUGUUUAUUCAUUCGCCUGGCUGUCGUGUGGCUCCAUGGGACCUCCAUUGCUGGCCCAUCUUUCUCCUAGUGUGGCAACAGCAUCUGCCAUCAAAAUGUGUCCUUUUUCAGACAUUACAACUAUGCAUCCUGGGAGCCUACCAAUGGGAAAACGUGCUACCCAUGAUGCUCCUGAUACUCACAA